AUGGACGCACCGCCGACCAACCCUCCGGCACAUUCCCCCAGUCCGUCGGGCGACGGCGGUUCGACACACGGCUCACCCCGGUCGACUCAUUCGACCCCUCGAUCGACGCGAUCGACGGCCUCCCGUCAUGCCGCGGCUUCUUCCGACGCUGCCCGCCGAAUCGCCCGCCUAGAAGAUGAGCUGGCAUGCGCCUACGCUUCCCGACCGACUAUGAUCCGCGACCGGGCGCGCCAGGACGACACCGUGCGCGAGCUGACCGCGAACCUACACGACUUGGAGCGCCACCGCUGGGCGCAAGAGGCAGAGAUCCGCCGUCUGCAGACCGAAGUCAGCGACCUUCAGCAGAGUGCCCAGGAUCAAGGUCUGCAGCUGAUCCAAGACCUCCGGAAUCAGAUAGCCCAGCAAGCCGCCGAGAUCCAGGAUCUGGAUCGUCGGCUGACGCGCGCUCAGGACCACCUCGCGACUGCUAGUUCCGAUCGUGAUCGACCCGACUACCAGCUCGAUCUCGCCACGGCGGACAUUUCGGACCUCCGAUCGCAAGUUUCCGAGCAAGAGCGCGAGCUGGACGAGGUGAACCACGAGCUGGACCUUACACGCGGUAGCCUCGAUCGGGUCCGGACUGCCCUUCGGAUGGCCGAAACAGCCGCGGCCACUCCGGCCGCUCCAACCCCGACGCCCCCCACCGGACCCACGUCCGACGUCGAUCGACUGCAGGUUGCCCUCCGCCAGGUGAAUGAGGAGCUGGAUCGGAUGCGUACCGCCCGAGAUACCGCGAGAGACCAAGCCACCGCUGCCGUGGAAGACGUCGAUCAAGCUCAUCAGGACCGCGACGUUGCGCUCCGAGAGAACGCCGAUCUCCGAUCGUGUCUCGAAAACGCGCAACAAGUGAUCCGUGCCCAAGACGCCCAAUUCAUCGACGUCCAGGACGCCUACGCUAUGUUGCGGCGCGUCAGCGAUCGAUCCAACGAGGAUCUCGAGAAUGUGGCCGACGCCUUAUCUCGCGUGGUUCGGUGGAUUGGACUUAGCCAGUGCGCGCCGACCACGCCUGUCCGCCGCAGCCGCAGUCGCUCCGGAUCUCCGGACUCCGUCGGACACAUCCACAAACGUGCCCGAUCGGCGCCUCCACCACGCAGUCGGUCUACGAGUCGAUCGCCCGCUCGGUCUCCCUCACCUUCCUUUUCGUUACCCGGCCAUGACGAUGAACUCCCCGCUGGGGGUCAGCCCGCCGAAGAUCAACCCGCAAAGAAGGUGCCUGCUGCGGAUCAACCGUCUUCCGAUCUGAACGAUCAAGAGGGAUCGGACCAAGAAGAGUCAGGUCCGCCCCCUCGAUCUACGCAGGAAGACCGGUCGGAAGAGGAGGAGUCGUCUCCGAGACCGACGAAGAAGAAGACGAGUCGGAGGGGUCUGAUCAGGAUGCUCUCGCAGCCUUAA